GACCCCUGCAUGUGGGCCUGCCUGGCGCUCAUGGCCAUGGAGGCAGCCGAGCUUAACACCGCGGAGGUCGCCUUCGCUGCAAUCGGCGAGGUGGACAGGCUGCAGUUCGUGCUGCACGUCAAAGACAUACCCACGGAGGAGGGGCGCAGCGCGGAGCUGGCACUGUACAAGCGGCGGCCGCUGGAGGCGGAGGCCAUACUGCUGCAGGCCGGUCUCAUCUACCGCGCCAUCAAGCUUCACAUCAAGCUCUUUAACUGGGAGCGCGCCCUGCAACUGGCCCUGGACCAGAAGGCCCACCUGCACACAGUACUUUGGUAUCGCAGGCGCCAUUUGGCGUCCAUUGGCCAGCAGGAAACCUCCCCGCUUUUUUUGCAGCACGAGGCGGUUGAGCUACCUUCAGAUAAGGAGAUCAGGGAGGUGGUCGAGGCGGAGAAAGCCAAGGAGGCGGCCAGACCAGGAGCCAGGCCCUACGCGUGA